GGUAAGAAUUUGAAUGGACGUGCCGUGUGCUUGCCGUGCCGUAGUUGCUGACGCAAACCUUUAGAAAUUACUACUCCUUCUCCACCUCCUCGACCGUGGAUUCCUUUGGCAAGGCCAUCAACAAAUAGACCAACAUGUAUCUUCACUGUGAUGUGUUACAAUGUUCUUUGUGAUAAAUAUGCCACUAGGCAAAUGUACAGUUACUGCCCUAGUUGGGCCCUCAACUGGGACUAUAGGAAAAAAGGUAUAUUAGAAGAAAUUAAACAUUAUGGAGCUGAUAUCAUCAAUCUUCAGGAAGUGGAAAUGGAACAAUUCUACAAUUAUUUUCUACCAGAACUUAAGGUGGACGGUUAUAGUGGUAUCUAUUCUCCAAAAUCUAGAGCAAAACAUAUGGCGGAAAGCGAAAGGAAGUAUGUUGAUGGAUGCGCCAUCUUUUUUAGGGAUUCGAAAUUUACGUUAGUAAAGGAACAUUUAGUUGAAUUUAACCAAUUAGCUAUGGCUAGUGCGGACGGAAUGGAGCACAUGUUAAAUAGGGUAAUGCCUAAAGAUAACAUUGGAUUAGCAGCCCUGUUACAAACAAGGGAAGCGGCGUGGGACAACGGUAGGGCUCCACCAGAUUCUCCCUUUUUUCAACAGCCUAUCUUGGUGUGCACAGCGCACAUUCACUGGGAUCCAGAAUUCUGCGAUGUCAAACUCAUUCAGACGAUGAUGCUGUCUAAUGAGCUGAAGACAAUUUUGGAGGAAUCUGUGCAGACCUUGAAGGCUCACGACAUCAACACGGACUCGAGUAACAUUCAGUUAGUAUUAUGUGGAGAUUUCAAUUCACUGCCAGAUUCUGGAGUCAUUGAAUUUUUGGGUACGGGGAGAGUUGCAAUGGAACACAAAGACUUCAAGACGUUCAGCUACAAGGCCUGUUUAGAGAAAGUACUCAGCUGUGAUAAACCGAAUGAGUUUACACAUUCCUUUAAACUGGCGUCGGCUUAUAAUGACGAAAUAAUGCCGUUUACCAACUACACGUUUGACUUUAAAGGUAUUAUCGAUUAUAUCUUCUAUGCCAAACAAACGAUGACGCCGCUGGGAUUGCUGGGUCCUCUCUCUCAAGAAUGGUUGCAACAGAACAAAGUAAUAGGCUGUCCGCAUCCUCAUAUCUACUCAGAUCAUUUCCCACUUCUUGUGGAGCUGGAAAUGGUACCAACCAUUACAUCCUCAAUGAAUGGACUGAUUGGUCACAGAUAUCAACACAUAUCCAAAGAUGUCAGACUGCCAUCUAACAAAUUCGCAGUCAAACAAAAGUAUAAGACAGAAACUUUCAAACCAUCUCUGCCGUCCCAAAAAAUCCCAAGUCCUGUUGUCGACUUGGAUAGUAGACAUAAAAGCUUUACAAACAGUUCAAAGACUUUUUCUUGAGAGUCGCCGCUGUGAGAUUUGUUGUGUUUUAGUUCAUAAGUCUGAGGGUUUUUAGUAAAAUGACUAAAACAAUUUUAGGUAUAUAUAUUUUUGUACUAAUGCGGUUACUGAUGCGACUGUCAGACCAAGAUCACUAUCAAUAUAUCAAUGUUUGUGUAUUUUCUCGAUUUGAAAAUACUGUGGGUCUAAAUUUUAUAAUUAAUUAUGUAUUGUAUAUAUUCUUACUAUAUGUCUAAGCCAAUUCAUUUGGCUGAUUUGGUCGUGUAGAAGGACCAUUCUCUAUACAUUUUUCAUUCAUACACAAAACCUAAGUAAAAUAUAUUUAAUUUACUAUUCUAAUUGGGAAAUAAGCCACAAUUUAACUUAAAAAAUGAUUUUAUUGACGUUUCUACUUCCACAUGGGAGGUCGUUAUCUAAGUACAAAAUAUUAAUAUAUUUUUUUCCUAACUUUGAUCCAAAUCUUUAUCUAAACGAUUUUCACAAAUUUUGUGAAAUUCAUUUUAAUUUCAGCUUUUUUUUUUUGGAGGUCGUCUGACAUAUGUCUCCGAUGGCACUGCAGCCUCAUGGGCUUAUUGUGCCAACCAUCCUACCUUUUAUGUCACCCAAUCCACAAGCUUGGUUCCACGUACCAAAUUAUACAUCCCUAGCAUGGGUUGGGUGGCAUAUUUCUGCUGGACUUAAUUUUGGUUGUCCAUAAAUAGCCUGCCUCUUGUGAUCCAAAGCCUCACACUCGUACAGUACAUGAUAUGCUGUUUCAGUUCCCCUAUUGCACAGUCUGCAGUUAAGGUUCCCUUCGUACAGCCCAAUUCUAUUCAGGUGUCCUUUCAGGGUACAGUGACCCGUGAGAAGACCUGUAAUUAUGCGGAGCUGACUCCUAUGUAGUUUUAUUAGUUCCUCAGCUCUCCGUUUUGAGGGUUCCCUUAUUAAGGGCCUCCCGUGUCGCUGACCAGGUACGUUCCCCCAGUAUUCUUUGUGUUUGUUUUUGACCCAUUCCCUGACUUGUCCCCUAAUUAUUGUUUUAGGUACUCCUAGAGCAGGUUCUGGGCCAAAAUAUGAAGUUGAUGAACCGUUCCUUGCCAGCUCAUCUGCUUUCUCAUUACCGUAUAUCCCGGUGUGUCCUGGCACCCAGAAUAGAGUUACACUAUUUCUUUCGGCCAGUUCUUCCAGUUCUUGCCGGCAUUCCCAUACCAGCCUUGACGUCACUUUCGGGCUCAUUAGUGCCUUCAGUGAUGCUUGGCUGUCUGUGAGUAUAUUGAUCCGUCUAUUUUCAUAGGCCCUCAAGUUGUUCAUUGUGACACACUGCAGAAUUGCGUACAUUUCCGCUUGAAACACAGUUGUGUACGUUCCUAGUGAGAAAUUGAGUCCUACAUUCUCUGUUUCACUAAAAAUACCGGCUACAGUGCCUUCAUCGGUUUUUGAUCCGUCCGUAUACCAGAUCGUUCCCCUGAUUUUGCUACUGAUGCUGUUCGACUCCCUUCGGUCAUUGAUUUCUAUUCCGAAGUUCCUAUUAAAUGUGUAUUUUGGUACCAUGUGGUCAGUGUAUGUAUCAGAUAUACUUACCCCACCUUGGUUCCAAAUCUGAUUAUGCCCAAGGUUCUCGUAUUUAUCCCUUGGUUUUCCUUGCAGCCUGUAUGCUCCCAUCCUCGCUUCCCCUUUGAUAAAUAUAUCAAGAGGGGGUAGGUCUAACAGGGUUUCCAGUGCCGCCGUCGGUGUUGUUUUUAUUGCUCCCGUUAUUCCCAAGCAUGCAAGUCUUUGUAUCCUGCUUAUCUUGUUUAUAGCGGUUCUUUGCUGCAUCUUUGUCCACCAUACCAAGGAUGCAUAUGUUAUCAUGGGUCUCACUAUCGUUGUAUAUGUCCAGUGCGCCAUUUUCGGACAGAGUCCCCAUGUUUUUCCAUGUAUGCGUCUGGUCAGCAUUAAUGUCGCCUCCGCUCUUUUAAUUACUCUUUCAAGCUGUCGGUUCAAGGUAAGUUCUGGGUCCAGUAUAACCCCUAGAUACUUUACCUCAUUAGAUAGCUCCAAUUGUUCACCAUUAAGGAUCAGAGGCCCUCAGAGGAAUUUCAGCUUACUAUAAUAUAAACCACUGUUACCAGUAUUUUAAGAUGUCUUUAUUACCUCGUAUCUUAUUUACCCAAUAAAUUGUUCUGUAGGUACAGUGAUUUUCUUGCCUACUUUUGUUCUUAUUCUGGACAUUCAUCUAUGUAUGUCAAAUAUAAGAACAAGUUUGAGAGUUUGCUUGACUGUGCAGAAGGUACAUGACAUCAUACCAAGAAACAGGGGUACAUUCUAUACGCACCGUUAUUUCGAAUAUUUUUAUAGAUUAAAUGUUUAGGUACUCUGUGAACACAGAUUCUACUAAUGAAACUUGAGACGUGUAGUGAAUGACGUCUAUUACACAUGCCGGAGAUGUUUCCAAAUCGAGAUUUCCAAAUAUUUUCCUAUAUUUGACGAACUGUAUAUUUCCUGGUAUUCUAUUAUCUGUCACAUCUCUUCUAUAGUCCUGUUUAUGCUAUUUUUUUUCUAAUGUGUAAUUUGCUCAUUUUUUUAUAGGUCUUGUAACUUGUAACAUGCAGUAGGUCGUUUUUCCGUCUGUCUGUGUGUCCCAGAUAUUUCAGUAUAGUCGGUUCGCUAAACUCGAGACACAACUGGCUAGUGAUUUUAGUAUGUAAUUUUUUUUUGCCAAUUUUGCCAAAAUUGGCAUAAUUACUAACUAUUUAGUAAUUAUUAACUAUUUAGUAAUUAUUUUUUUGCCAGUUUUAUCAAAUUGGCAAAAUUACUUACUAAAAUCACUAGCCAGUUGUGUCUGAGUUUAGCGAACCGACUAUAUCUCAUCAUCAUCAUAAGUGGCUCGACAAUCCGUUGUGGAUCUUGGCCUGCUCACAAAGAAGUCGCCACUCCUGUCGAUUCCUAACAACUUCCCUCCAUCUUCUGACCCCUAGAAUUUUUAGGUCUUCUUCAACAUCAUCAAUCCAUCUUCUUCGUGGUCGUCCUCUACUUCUUGUACCCUCUGGUUUUGAAAAUGUUAAUCUCUUAGUGUAUUCGUGGUCUGACAUCCUAACAAUAUGUCCAGCCCAUCUAAGUCUCUGCACUUUAACGAAUUUCACAAUAUCUGGAUCGGUGUAUAACUGAUACAGUUCAAAGUUAUAUCUUCGACGCCAUAGCCCAUUUUCAUUUACUGCCCCAAAAAUCUUUCUAAGAAUUGUUCUCUCAAAAAUACCAAGAAGUCUUUCAUCACUUUGAGAUAGGGUCCACGUUUCAGCUCCAUAUAUCAAAACCGGUCUUAUUAAGGUCUUGUAUAUAUUGAGCUUUACUGCACGUUUUAUAUUUUUAUUUUUUAAAUGUUUAUGGAGACCGUGAACAGUUCUGUUUGCUAUUGCUAUGCGUCUUUUUAUUUCAUCGUUUGUCGUGUUUAUUGAGUUUACUAACCGACUAAUAUAUGCGUUUUUAUAAUUCUAACUAUAUGUUCUCUGUUCAUUAUGUUUCUUAAUUCAUAUUUCAUUUUUCUUCUCAUUUCUCCGUUUGCCAUUCCUAUCUGUAAUUGUUAUGAGAAUUUUCCUUUCGAAUCUUGAGCUGAUUGCAACUCUGUAUAUUAUUUUCAGUUGUGUAUUUCUGGACAAGUUCUUGUCCUUCAUUAGCCUGGUAUCUCCAGUAAGUUUUGUUGUCGGCUAGUACUCGCUCCUUUGCCUCUUCACUAUUACUUUCAAUUAUUUAAAUUAUUGAACUCGUUCAAAAGUGAAAUUUUCUAUCUUGAUUUCAUUCGUCUUGUCAUCUUCUCUUCUAGAGCAGGUUAGAUAGUUUGUUUUUGCUUCGCUAAUUUCUAGACCUCUUUUCCGUGCUUUAUUUUCCAGGAUUUUUGUUGCUUGUGUAAAUAUUAUCGUAUCUCUUCCUGUAAGAACUAUGACAUCUACAGUUUAUGUUGAGGAGUGGCUAUAGUUGAGGCUAUAAUUCCUUUAAUCCCACUGGCCUUGACAGUUCCUUCUAUUGCUAUGUUAAAUACUGCUUGGUUGACUGGGAAUCGACUUGCCGUACUCCUGUUUCUAUUGCAAUAGUGUUUGUGCUAUCUUCUUCUGUUGUUUCUGUCUAAACCGAUUAGUUUUGCCGAUAUAUCUUGAUUUUUCAUUCCAUUAAAUGAUCUAUUUCCAUAUUGUUGAGCUCUAUGUUGUGUUCGUGGCAUUUCUCGAAUGUUUAUUAGGUCUGGAUCCCGCAUACCAAAAAAAGUUUAUUAAUAGCAAGCUGAAAAUUUCUUAAUAGCUUAACGGUGUCUAGUCGGAUAAACUUUGAUGUAAGGGAAAACUGGAACAGGUGAAGUUUUAAUUGUGAAACUGGUUACAGGUUUCGAACGUCAGACUACGAAAACGUCCCAUUUAUUUUGUCAGACAUAAAUUCCAAUUGAUUUGUUAUUCUUCCAUUAAACUCUCAUGCAAAAAUCAGACUUCUAUUUAUCACCAAUAUAAUUAUUGUCAUUUGACAUGUUCUACGUGUCGGACUUACUGUCGGAAAAUACAGUAGAGGACUGCUAAUAACGAAAAAGUGACCUCUGAUCGGAGGGUGAAUUUCUGAAUAUAUAAUAAAAUAAGCAGGUCUUGGCGGCUGACAGUCGGAUAGAUAAUUUCAAUUUGAAAUUAGUUUUAACUUUUAUUGUGACAUUAAUUUAACGUUGUUACAAAUUAGUGAUUGGACAAAUGUGACGAGGAACAGAUAGAAACGGUUUUCGAAAUAGACUAGAAGCUGCCAAUAAACGUGUAUACGAAGAUUAUUUACCAAGUAAAAUAUCCUUUCCUUGAAGGUUCAUGGGCUUGAUAUUUGUACAUAUUGUAUCUUCUUCAUUUAUGUACAGAUCUAUAGAUAUAUAUUUAUAUGAAAAUGAUCUGUGUCUGAUAUAUCCUUUAUUGCCAGCGCUCUGUCUACGAUCUUAUGUAAUUUUUCUCUAUAUAACUAGAUGUAAUUAUUUUAAAAUAUUUUAUUAGAAAGUGAUAGAUACUUGUGAUUUAAGAGAACCUUUUCUAAUUGUGUACUCUAAUCGUUCUCUUUCUAAUAUUGUGUAUCAGUAUGUCCAAAAUAUUCCCGAAAACUAUUUGAACUGCUUUCGUGAUUUUCUACUAAAAAUUCAAAAACAAAUUUUGGACAUGCUGUAUAUAACAGUGUAAUUUUUUAGUAUUGUUUGUAAACUGCUCAUAACUCGUUUAUUUAUAUACUUAUUUUUAUACCAAACAUAGUAUCUUUUCAGAACUUGCAAAUUUUAUACGAACUUCAAAGAUUAUUAUAUAUAUGUAGGUAGGAAGGUUAUAUGUCUGGUGCAGGAUAUUAGACGAUGCAGAAAUUUCAAAUCUAUCAUUUAAACUAGUUAUCUUGUAAAUAUUGAACUUCAUUAUUACAGAAAAUGGUGAUUUCUGACUAUAUAUUAUAGGCAAACUCCAUGUUAUCUCUGAGCUGCGCAAACAAAGAACAGUGAGCGAGAUAGCAGGAAGGCAUAUACAUACACUUCGUGUAGAAGUUUUAGUAAUUCAAUUUUCAAGAUGAUAUCUGGAUUUUUUUACAUAUUUUGAUACAGAGUGAAAUUUGUUUAAAGCUUUUUAUACCAAUAAUUUUGUAUUAAAAUUAAAGGAUUGAAGAAAUAUUUACGAAUAUACAUUAAAUUAAUAAACAAUUUUUAUUAUAUUUAGAAGGUGCACAGUGUUUGAUGAAUGGUUUCUAAAUAAAAAAGCUAUAGGUACCUAUUGAAAAUAUUAUAGCAUUGUUUAAAAAAGAAUAGUUGGUCAACGCAAUGAAUCAAUUUGUUUGAUUCUAAUUGAGAGAGUCAACAGAUGUCACCAUCAUUUCUGUCAGGGUCGCAACGUCACGCGUAACUACGAUAAAUCCAAAAUGUAUAGACACCAAGUUGGAUACGACCCUAUUCAUAACAUACCAACUCGCAUACAUAUUAAGAAAAAUAGAUAUAUGGAAGAAUAGAAAUUUAAUUAAUGAUGUCAUGCUACUAUACAUUAAACAUAUAAUAGCAUGACAUCAUUAAUUCAAUUUCUAAAGAUUGCUAUGCUCUACUUUAUCUAUUUAUUUAGAUUGAUUAGCAAAUUCCUAAUUUAAUUGAUUAUUCAAUUAUUUUAGUUACUGCCUAUGUAAAAACACAACUAAAUUUAAAUUAAAUUUUCCAAUCAAUUUUAUUCUCAGGGCUAAUUUUGUAUUUGAUACAAUACCUGUGAUCUGUGGCUUCUAGUAUUUCUAGUUGCUUACUUCUUCCAGGGUAGAAACAGGGAAAUUGAAAACACUCAAAAUCAUAUAAAUGUAAUCUAUUGUUUUUAUCAAAUAAGCCGUGUACAUAUGAUACAAAAAAUACUAAAAUUUAACUUUGUUGCAACAAUCUCUAACUUAAUAAAUUAAACUCUAACUCUGAUAUCUCCUUGUUUUGACAAAAUUAUUUAUUUAAUUAAUUUCUUAUUUACUCAUACUAAAUUGAAUGAAUUUUACUUUUCUUUAAAUUGAUUUCUCAAAUUUGAAAUGACUAACUGCGUUAAAAAAAUUGUUCAAUAAACAAAUAAACAAAUAUGGUUUUGAUAUAAAUAAAUUUUCUCCAAUCCGACAAAUGAUUUGAUUAACCUUUUGUUUCUUCACUCCCUCGUUUUCUGGAUUGCGCCGUCCUUGAUUCUCCCAACACGUACUCUCUGGAUGUCGCGAAAAAGUCCCUCUCGUCAAAACUGCUUCCAAGAAAAACACACAGGACUUGCUCGAAUUCUAUUACUCAGUUUUCCUUGCUCGAUAUCUUGUGCACAAACGGAUAAUAAUCAGCUACUCGUUCUAGACAAAAAAAAAGGAAUCUCCCUCGGACCAGGAAAAUUACUUUUCAACCGGUCGACAAUUUGGUUUCAACUUGAUUCUGCUCGCAAAGGCUGAUCACACCACUCUACACUGAUUACACACUUUUAAAAACUUAUUUCUCUUCCCAAUUCAGACUCCAACAUUCAUUAUCCCUUCUGCUAAUAUUUUCCGUCCAAUCAACAACAACCUCUCUCAAACCAUUCAUUUCUUAAUAAACCAAAUAUUCCUCCACAUAACUUUUCCAAUUUGUCAAAUUUCAAGAAAUAUCAUAAUUAGUUCUUUUCUACUUUCUACUUUUACAUCUAAAAACUAAUACAAUUUGUUUACCAAAUUAAAAACCUUCCCGGAAAGAUCUUAAAAACGUUAUUGUUUCGCGUCAAUGCUCUGUCCACUUUCUAAUCACCGAAUUGUUUGUUAAUAUCCCGUCCAUUUCGUCGAAUCAUUAUCCCUAAUGGUUUUCAUUUUUCCGAAACACUUGUUUAAUAGCAAAAUUAAAUUCUAUACAAUUUUGGUCAUAUACAGGGUGAUGAAAAACUAUGGUCUUGGGUCUAUUGAUAUAAAUUUAAUUUUUUUUUAAUUUCUUUAAAAAAAAUUCUACAACAAUAUAUUCUUCCAUAUACACCCAUAUCUCGCUUUACGGCCUAGAUACGUUCCACGAAACAUGGCCGCAAAGCGAAAUGACGUAUAACGAAUCAAUUAUUCUAAUACAAAUUCAUAGAAAUUUAAUGGGAUCGGUUCUAAGUUUGUUAAAUAUGUGACAUGGUGUAUCGUUAAAAAUGUAUUUUAUCUGCUUUAUUGAGUUUAUUUAAAUCAAAAAUACAUACAAAACAAGCAAAUACAUUGGUAUAUAAAAUAAUAAGAGAUUCCAAAAACCAACAAUAAUCUACAAACAAAAAUGAAACAACUUCACGAUACGUAAAAUAUGUGUAUACCUGUAUGCAUACAUAUUUUUUUAAAUGGCUUUCAUUUGAAGACGGUGAAGAAAUGUUAACCUGCAAAUCACUGUCGUCAUCAUUUUUCGCUGGUAAGGAUGGGCCAGGCUUAAUUUUGUUAAUUGUAAUUCAUUCCAUGAUUCACUGAUGAUAUCAACAACAUUACAUGUUGUAAUUUUUCCAAAAUGCUUGAAUUGAAGAUUUAUCAUCGGUUUCCUUUACAAGUUUUCGGAAAGUUCGGCAUAGGUAAUACGCCUUAAAAGUGGCUAUUACACCUUGAUCCAUUGGUUGGAUCAGAGCGGUUGUAUUUUUCGAAAGGUAUUCAAUCCUGACAUCUUCAGAUAGUUCGGAUAAAUUAGUAGGAUGUCCUGGUGCAUUAUCGAAAAUUAGCAAAGCCUUGUUGCUCAAGUUAUUUUCUCGAAAAUAUUUUUUCACUUCUGUACAAAAGUGAUUUUUGAACAAAUCCACAAAAGUAGCUUUAGUCAUCCAAGCUUUCUUGCUGGAUCUCCAUAUAACGGGUAAUUGAUUUUUAUUUAGUUCUUUAAGAGACCUUGGAUUUUCGGACAAAUAUAUUAGAAGUGGUUUUAGCUUAAAAUCACCAGUGGAAUUUGCACCAAGUAGCAAAGUUAAUCGUUCUUUAGACACUUUAUAACCAGGCGCAGAUUUUUAGGUUUUUGAAAUGUACGUGCGAACAGGCGUUUGCUUCCAAUAAAGUCCUGUUUUGUCUACGUUAAACACUUGUUCAGGUUUCUAGCCACAUCUUUCAAUAAUUCCCUUUAAAAUGUUGGGAUAUUCCUUAGAUGCGGCCUGGCGAGUGUGCAUCAAGAUUGCGUUUGCGCGAGAAUGACAACAUGGGGCCGUUAUAGCGAAAUAUUUUAGGCCGUAAGUCGAAACCGUGCCGUAAUUGAACAGGGCCGUUAUAGCGAAAUGCCGUAUAAGAGCGGCCGUAUAGCGAGGUAUGGGUGUAUUUAUUUUUCUUAAUAUGUAUGCGAGUUGGUGUGCUAUGAAUAAGGUCGUAUCCAACUUGGUGUCUAUGCAUUUUGGAUUUAUCGUAGUUACGCGUGACAUUGCAACCCUGACAGAAAUGGUGGUGACAUCUGGUGACUGUCUCUCAAUUAGAAUCAAACAAAUUUAUUCAUUGCGUUGACCAACUAUUCUUUUUUAAACAAUGACUAUAGCUAAAAAUAUACCUAAAUGAAAAAUGUAAAAAGACUUGAAACGAUUAUUAAUGCCAUGCAUAUUAGAAAGUUUUUGUGAUGUUUCUAUAAUUGCUUUCGUUUUAGGAUAUCAUCAUUAAAACAACAAUUAUUGAUGUUUUUAACAUCAACAACUGUUGAAACUAUGUAAUUUAAUGUUAAUUCGUACGUUUAUAUCGAUAUUUUUCCACCUCUACUAGUUUCAUAUGUAUUUACUUCACAAUGUUUUCCAUCUUUUUCGUUGUUUUGCCGGUUAUUAGCGCGCUCAUCACUGUAUAGAGAUUUUAAGUAUUGUUCAAGUUGUCACAAUGUUUAAACGUGUUUUUUAUGUAAAAUAUUUUUUUAAAAUAUAUUUCACUAAAUAUAUUUUAAUAUAAAUUAUUUUUCCAUUUGCACUUCGGAAAUCAUUCUCAAAAUAUAAUUACGGUUAAUUUUCAUUAAAAAUACAGUAGAUAACAUUGUGGUAUUUGCUUAUAAAAUAUAUCACUAUAAUGCAGAUUACUCGUCCUGCACCAGAAACUUUAUACAAAGUGAGUUCUAGUAGAGAUUAUACGUGUUUUUACUUCUCUUCGACUGAGUGCGUGUGCCAAUUCGAGUACCAGAACUUAGUCCACCUGAGUUUUAUGUUAAUUAUAAAAAUUGCUAGAAAUCCAAUGAAUAUAUGUAUGAAGAAGCAAUUUGAGAGAAACUCUACAAUGAACUCCCUAUUUAUAAAAGAUUUAAUAUAAUAAGUAAGGAGAGAUACAAAUUUUUAUGGACGUGUAAAGAUAGUGUAAGCAUAGAAAAGGUUCCGAUUACUGAUUGUUAUGUUUAGAUAUUAGUAUUUUUGUAUUAAUUUUUUUUAAUAAGUUCAAUGGCGUAUGCAAACAAAUCAUGAUGUGCUACAUAAUUUUGUAACCAGUGCCAGUUAUUUUAUGUACUAAAGAAGGGUAUUUUUUAAUGAGUUAGCUGGUUAAAACUGCAAUUUAAAAUGAAAUAUUUGUAAUAAUACGUAUAUUUUGUAUAUUAACUCAUAUACAAGAAUAUUUCAGCGUUUGCAGUACAUAAAGCUUACAAUUCUUCAUUUGAAAUGCGUUCCUACCUAGACAUUUUCCAGAGCUUUUGAAACAAUCGCAGUUCAAUAAUAUGCUGAUUCUCAACGCUCACAUUUCUGUUGGUAAUAGUUGGACUGAAUAACAUAUACACAACCAGACUUAUAAUAUAUGGAAUCAUCUGAUAUUUCCUAAUAUUUCAAGUGAAUUUAAAAAACCAACAUACCGACGUUUAAAUUGUUUUUAUUUAUUAAUGUUUUUUAGUAGCCAGUGUUAUCACCCCUAGUCCCUGUGCUAGCUUUAAUAGGCGUGGCAUGCUCCUAAUCAAAUUGUCAACUUUUUUAUGGCAGGUUAUUCCAUUCUUCAAAAGUAGCUUGUACUAUCUAUGCGAUGUUUUGUGAAUUAUCCCGGCUAGCUCUAAUUCUUUUUAAGCAUAUCCCAUAAAUGCUCUAUAGGGUUAAGGUCGGGUGAGCAAGCAGGCCACUCCAGAACAGUGAUAUUUUUUGCUUCAAGGAAGUCUGUAGUGACUCUGCUGGUAUGUGGAGGUGCAUUAUCAUGCAUGAAAAUUAAAUUUUCUCCCAUUGCAUCUCUCCAGAGCCUAACUACAGUUUCUAGAACCAAAUCAACAUACCGGCCAGCUGUUACAGUUGGUUGUAUGGACGAUAAAGGAGUUUUUUCACCGAUCAUCUUGCUUCCCCAGAACAUGACUGUAAACAAAUCUUUCUGUCUGUGAACAAGUCAUUGUACAAAUGUAGUUUUCGUUCUUGCUUGUUUUCCUCGCCAUUAACUACACGAAUUCGUCGGUCAUCUGAUUUUACAUAAAUUCGUCUGAAAAUGGCACAUUUGGCCAAUUUCCCAUGUUCCAAUUUUGGUGUUGAAGACAUCAAUUUAGACAAUCAAUCUUGCGUGUCUGUGUAAUCCUUAAGACGAAGUCUUUUCUUAUCGUUUCAACUGAAACACUUCUAGCUUCUUUACUUGGAGCAACCCCCCACCCCACCUCCGUGGGGGUUCGUGUUUGGUGUCAUUUGAUAGAUUUUUGAAAAAUAUUCAACACGUAUUUUUCAGUUUUUUGAUCUGAUGUUCAUUUCGAGAAAUAUUCGCUUUUUUUGUGACACUUUUAUGGCCCAUUUUCUUACGUACCGCUCAAAUCGUCAGAUUUUUUAAAUACAUAUACAUUGUUCUUCAUGUACUUCACUAACCUUUUCUUAAUCUGACGUUUUAGAGUUUUUCUAAGGAUAGAUUUUUUUUACGGACUACCCCCAACGCACGCCCCUGUAUUAAGAGACCUUAUAUAUGGUAGGGGUCAUUUACAUGGUACAAAGUUCCCCAUGUGAUUUUGUGACGCGCUCGAGUAACGCGCAAAAUCCCCGCUCGGGUUCCCCUACCAUAAAUUUCCUUCACAGAAAUUCUUCAAAUUUACACAUGUAAAGAUUAUUUUAUUUAUGCUCACGUGACUAACUUUAUACAAAAGCGCCCCCUAAUAGUCUAAGAGGCAGGGCUGAAAAAUCUCUUUGAAUUUACUAAAGCUAGAUUAUUCACAGUUGAUUACUGUGAUUGUGUAGAGAAACAUACUGCGGUCGGUCAAGCGAAACGUAGAACAGGGGUUACUGAGAGGGUAUCAAAGUUGCUUUCCUACGAAGGUAAUUAAAUCCAUUUACUAAGGCUGAAAAGCAGUACACACAUUCUACAUUAAAUAUAAAUAAAAGUUAUUAUUAUAGUCGGUCAGCUGUAUGACGGGACAGAGCCGGUCGGUCGGCCCCAGUGAAUGUAGUAUAGGGUUAUUCACUAUAUUUGACCCCCUUGUAAACUGCUUUAUUUACAGAAUUAGAAAAAAUGUAAACUACAAAAGUUAUUCGAUUUUUAAAUUAUGAUUUUUUGACAUAUAUAUCGUACUAGUGACGUCAUCCAUUUGGGCGUGAUGACGUAAUCGAUUAUUUUUUUAAAUGGGAAUAGGGGUCGAGAGGUAGCUCAUUUGAAAGGUUAUUUAAUUCCCUAUUCAGUAAAAUAAACAUUAACAUGAUUAAUUAUACAGGGUGUCCAAAAAUUUUUUUAAAUUAAAUUAAUUGUUUAAUUAAUAAUUCAAAAAAAUUUUUGGACACCCUGUAUAAAUAAUGAUCUUAAUGUUUAUAGUACUGUAUAGAGAAUGGAAUAACCUUUCAAAUAAGCUAGCACACGACCCCUAUUCUCAUUUAAAAAAAUAGUCUGUUACAUCAUUACGCCCAGAUGGAUGACGUCACUAGUACGAUAUAUAUGUCAAAAAAUCGAAUACCUUUUGUAUUUUACAUUUUUUUCUAAUUCUGUAAAUAAAGCAGUUUACAAGAGGGUCAAAAUAUAGUGGAUAACCCUGUACAUUCAUUGGGGCCGACAGACCGGCUCUGUCCAGUCGUACAGCUGACCGACUAUAAUAACUUUUAUUUAUAUUCAAUUUAGAAUGUGUGUACUGAUUUUCAGCCUUAGUAAAUGGAUUUAAUUACCUUCGUAGGAAAGCAACUUUGAUACCCUCUCAGUAACCCCUGUUCUACGUUUCGCUUGACCGACCGCAGUAUGUUUCUCUACACAAUCACAGUAAUCAACUGUGAAAAAUUUAGCUUUAGUAAAUUCAAAGUAAAUUCAGCGCUGCCUCUCCGUCUAUAAGAACAUCAGGUGUCUCUACACACGUGAAUAACAAUGAAAUGAUCGUGGCGAGCCGUUGUUUCUUUUAAGGCGACUUUGUCCUUUGUUGUGUGAUAUAAGCGUUCCUAGUUCUAUUUGUCCUGAUACCUAGCAUAUGUUUUUGAUACAAUGCCCUGUGUUACGACUAUCACUGUAGCUAUGUCUAUUUGAGGCACAAGACCAAUAAAUCUUUGCACGUCCGUUAACCCCACAAAAGGCAUACUUUCGUUUUUGAAAGCAAAAUUUUGUUUCUUUAUGUUUGCUCAAAAUUUACAACUAACGUAAAAAAUCUAUACCUUAACCGGCUGCGUUAUCUGAUUGAUUUAUUGGUUUGUUUAUUUUCAAUAAAAACCUUUAUUCUUCGUAACAAUAACAACAAAUUUUUUCAAAAGAAAUGAAUAUUUUUUUGAAAUGGACGGUGAUUCCAUUUGAAAAAUGAAAGUUUGUUUGAACAAGAUCAGAAAAAUCGUGGACUUUUGUUAUUAAACUUCUUAUCCUGAUGGGUAUACUCUCUGGUAUUCUUUAGGUAUCAUUUUCUAUGCUACAAUCGGUGAGUUGAACAACUUGUCACCUAUUUUAUCGGUUCGAUGUAAUCUCAUGUAUUUAAUCGUUACUUAAAUUGUACUGUUGUCGUAUCUUAUUAAUAUAAAAUCGUCCAGAUGGAAAAUUAUUUUUCCUCUUUAAAUAUUUUUUUUCACGAAUGUUUGCAUACAGCUUCAUGCCAAGCUGUAUUUCCCACUUAUGGUUUUCCAUUUUUAAGAUGAUCAAUUAUCAUAAUUCAUUUCAUAUGACAAAACAUUGACACCAAUCUAGGCUUCUUUGAAGUUGAAGAAUCAGCUUAUAUCCACUGCUAGACUACAGUGGCGUUUGGUGUAUAUAGUCCAGGGUAAUAAGCUAGAAAUAGACCAUGUUCGGGACACUUAAAGAUCCGGGUAGCUGACUACAUUUUUUAGUUAUUGUAGACCUAUAUGAAGAAAAUCUACCUGUUUCCUGCCUAGAAAAUGUACUAAAAAAAGAUAAAAAAAUUAUCUAAUAUAGUCAAAAAUACUAAUGCCAAAUUUUUGAAAUUUUAUAGUUUAUAAACAUUUAGAACAACUUUAAAAAUAUUGUCCGUAGAAAAAUCAUUUUACAUAUUCUAAGAGUUGGUAUUUUACACGAAUUUUUAAAAAUCAAGUAUAUUCAAAUGGGAAAUAA